AUGUCUGUCGGAAAGUUCGCAUCACCGGCCGAGCUGCUUGGGCUUGACCUCGAGCUGACGCCCGACUUCAAGAAGGGCACGACCAACAAGACCGACGACUACCUCGCAAAGUUCCCGGUGGGCAAGUUCCCGGCCUUUGUUGGCAGCGACGGCUUUACAGUCAGCGACAGCAACGCCAUCGCCUACUACCUGGCCGGUCUCAAGGACGACUCGCCCUUGCUCGGCAGCACGCACAAGGAGAGCACCAAGAUCAUGCAGUACGUGCUGUUCGCCGAGUCCGAGAUUCUGCAGGCCACGCACGCGUGGCAGAAGCCAACGCAGGGCAGCCUGCCGUACUUCAAGCCGGCGGUGGACCAGGCUGAGAAGAACAUUGGGCGGUUCCUGGCUGCACUGAACCAGACGCUCGAGGGCAAGGGGUACCUAGUCGGCGACCGACUGACGGUUGCCGACGUCAUCAUGGCAUGCGACCUGCACCCGCUGUUCACCGAGUACCUGGAUGCGCACAGGCGCCAGCAGUACCCCGAAGUGACGCGCUACUUUGUGGCUAUGUUUGCGCAGCCGGCAUUCCGCGCCUAUUGCCGGCGACGUUGCUCUGUGCGAGACGCCCAAGGACGUACACGCCAAAGUAGGCUUUUCCAGUGUGAUACGAAUGCAAAGCAGUUAGCUGGCCUGAUGGGCGGAUCACACAUGCAGUGGAUGUGAGGCAGGCGCUUGGAAUGCAGCCAGACGUAGCAGGUAGCCGGGGGACAUAUCCUAGCGCCGGAGGCUGCUCAGGUGCCACAGAGCUGCAGAAGCACCAGCUGGACAGGCUUCCAUCAGUAGCAUAUCGCACCCUUGCCAGGUGGAUAUUGCAGCAUGUAUUCCAGUGGCCAGCUGCACGCUCGCUGUGCGGG